CUAUGGCGGUCGGCUGAACCCGGAAGCGCUGAGGCGGCCGGCUCGGCCCCCUGCGGCGGCGGGGUCGCGGGUGGUCAUGGCGGGCACGGCGCUGAAGCGGCUCAUGGCCGAGUACAAGCAGUUGACCCUGAAUCCACCGGAAGGGAUAGUAGCAGGGCCUAUGAAUGAAGAGAAUUUCUUUGAAUGGGAAGCCUUAAUCAUGGGUCCCGAAGACACCUGUUUUGAAUAUGGCGUUUUCCCUGCUAUUCUGAGCUUCCCUCUUGACUAUCCUUUAAGUCCCCCAAAGAUGAGGUUCACGUGUGAGAUGUUUCAUCCAAACAUUUACCCAGAUGGGCGAGUUUGUAUCUCCAUUCUUCAUGCCCCUGGGGACGACCCCAUGGGGUAUGAGAGCAGUGCCGAACGGUGGAGCCCAGUGCAGAGUGUGGAGAAGAUCCUCUUGUCAGUAGUCAGCAUGUUGGCAGAACCCAACGAUGAAAGCGGAGCUAACGUAGAUGCCUCCAAAAUGUGGCGGGAAGACAGGGAACAGUUCAACAAAAUUGCCAAGCAGAUCGUGCAGAAGUCACUUGGACUUUAAACAUGCACGUGCGUGCACACAUGAGAGACUGCAGUGUUUUGUAUUUCUCUUCAACUGACGGCAGUGCUCAGUGCUGGUACCAAAAAGGCAAAUUUUUGCAAGAUCAUCGGCCUCACUUUUUUUUUUUCCUUAGUCUCUUUUACCUCCUGUCCUUGUCCCCGUCCCCCUCUCGCCGCCCCUCCUAACUAAACUCAAAUAUAUAGGAAAGAGGUUUUAUUAGAAUAAAAAGGAAUUAGCCCUGUUGCAGAGGCUGUUCAACGCUACCUCACUCUGUAAUGUCUCCAAGCUUUCAAUGUAAAAAGCGUGAAUUUCUUGAGCCGAAUUGAAUCGUAUGUAGCUUGCCACGCUCUGUCCUCGACACUCUCACGAAGAACGCAAGCAAUUGUACAUUUUUGAUCAGUGGAAUUAGGUUUGUAUUUUCUCCAGAGUUUCAGUGAUUCAAAACAAAGGUUAGUGAGAGCAUACUAAUGCGGGGGAGGUGGUCAGGGCAUUCAUCUCUUAGGGAUCUUACCAUCUGCUACCAGUAGCCCUUUGAGAAAAGAAGUGUGCUGUUUCUGAAGUCACCUGCUUCAAGAAUUAAAUAUGAAUGUCUGUGUGACUAACAUUUUACCCCUAAAAUAUUUGAAGAACGUGAUUCAUUUUUAAGCUCAUGAUAUCAUAUGGAAAACCAGACACACCCUCUGUGUUUAAAAGCCAGAGUUUAAGAAGGGUUAGAACAAUAGGAGAGGCUAUAAACCAAGAAUGCAGUCAGGUUUUGAUGUAGGUAGUGAUUUUCAUUUUUUCUUAGCCAAGGCAACUCAAAUUCUAGGUAGUAAUUAUUAUCUGUGGCUGGUGUUCCUGCAUCUGAGUGUCUAGAAAAGCCUAGUGUUUUUGUAUCUCACAGCUAGUCUAAAUAAAGCUUUUGAAUUGGCUUUCACUUAAAAGAAAUCCUAAGGACUGUUGUAUUGCUCCUGAGUUGUACUUCCAGUUUCAGUCAGAGGUACAAGACCAAACUCCUGACUCCCCUGAAACCUUGUGAUCACCAUGUCCUCUUUCAUACUACCAUAUUGAAGCCUGAGGUAGGUCUUUUAUGCUUGGCAGGUCCUGUGAAAGUGUGCUCAGCUGGUCCUGCUGGUGAAAUGAAGCAUUUCCAUGAUACUGUGAUAUGUGAAAUUCCAUUCUCCCACCAGUGGAUGUCAAAAACCUAUAGACACUGACCUGAAUCUGUCCUUCCCACUGAGAUUAUUUAUCUUCAAGUGAAUACAUGGAACAUGACCUUUUGACAGGCAACUGGAAUAAUCCUUAAAUUAUCAGGAGUUGCUGUUUCUUGAUGCUUAACUUCUUUUGCAUACUCAAGUCAGUAUUGGAGGAGAUCCUUAUCCUACUUUGUAGGGCAUGGAAAGAGGCAUUUUGCUGAAGAAUGCUCUACCAAUCCAUGCCUGUGUGCAGGGUUUGUGCAGGGCACUGGACUGCAAAGUCUGUUCAAAUUUCUGAUAAUGUUCAGUCUUUAAAGUGGGUUCAGUGCCCCUUGUGGUGUUCAUAUUUUACCUCUUGUCUAGGUCUGAAACUUUGCUAGACACUGUAUCAGCAAUAAUGUACAUGUCUAUUGGAACUGCAUUUCCUUGAUCCUAAGCAGGCUAAGUUUGGGUAGAGGUUUGUGUCUCUGAAAGAAAAGAACCAAGAACUCAAAUGGCUGAAAUAACUACAUGGGGGAGAGAGUUUUGCUGAAGUGAAAUAGUGUGUAUGUGUCUAUAUAAAUGUCUAUUAUAUGUAUGUAUGUAUGUCUAUGUAAUGCUGUCAUCUCGGUGCCUGGUGGCUUGCAGUUCAUAUUGCAUAUGCAUGUGCUGCAUGUUACUGUUGUGUCAUCUUUCUCUAUCAUUGAAGGGAGUCUGGACUGGGAUCAUUUGUUGGGUUUACCAUCACAAUAGGGAAUAGUAUCUCUAGGAAGAAAUCUAAUUUUGGGGGUAGGGAGAUGAUGGAAUAGUAUUGUACCUUCCUAGUAUUUGAAACCAUGUGGAAAAAUGUAGCUCUUAUAUGCAGAGUGGAGGCAUUUUGUGCAUUGGCUAGAGUACAGCUGGUAUGGGGUGCAAUAGAUGUUUAUGGAAAUAGCUUCAUGAAGGAGGGUGCUACGUGCCUGAUUCUGUGAGGAUUGUGAUCAAUCAAGGAAGAGACCUGUCAAAACUAGUCUCUUUUUAAAAGCAAGGUAUUUUUAUUUGUGUAUACUCAAAGACUUGUUAUCCUUAUUUUAUGGUGGAAUUUAAUCUGUAUAUUGAAAAUAAAGUGAUUAUAUUUUCCCCUUUCAUAAAAGUAUAAAAAGAUA